GCAAUUUCACAAAAUAAAAUCUAUUUGUUUAUAAAAUUUGUUUAAAUAUUGGCCUUAACGGACGAUGGCAGGCAACAAAAAGAUUGAAGAAGGCCUCGAGCUCAUUAAAAGUGCCGAAAAACAUUUAAAAACUUCCCUGCUCAAGUGGAGACCGGACUACGAAAGUGCCGCCGACGACUACAACAAGGCGGCGACUUGCUUCAAAAACGCCAAGUCCUACCAGCAAUGUAAAGAUUGUCUGCUGAAAGCCGCCGAGUACCAUCAACAGAACCGCGGCCUGUUUUAUGCUGCUAAGGCUCUAGACCAGUGCAUAUUGAUAUGCAAAGAAAUGGGCGAUAUUAGGGAUAUUUACGUUAUGGCCGAGCGUGCCGCAUACAUGUUUCAGAGUCAAGGGAAUCCAGAUUCGGCUGUGGCGACUUUAGAGAAAACUGCCAAGAUAUUAGAGUCUCAGGUACCGAUGGAGGCUUUGAAUCUUUAUAGGCAUGCUGCUGAAAUUUCCGGGAUUCAAGAUAAUCAACGUGCAUCGGCAGAAUACACGAGUAAAGUGGCAAGAAUCCACGUCAAAUUGCAACAGUUCGACGAAGCUGCAGACGCGAUUAGACGAGAAAUCGGCCUCCAUCAAGCUCAUGAGUCAAUUCAAGCCGUCGGCCGUUUGGUAGUGGCCCUAGUACUGGUCCAAUUGGCCAGAGGCGACAUUGUUGCUGCUGAAAAAGCUUUCAAAGAAUGGGGUAAUUACUGCGAUCCGCCCGAAAUCCAAAACCUGGAAAUGCUGUUGCAAGCCUACGACGAAGAGGACAGAGACAACGCAAUAAGGGCCCUGAACGACCCGUUCAUCAAACACAUGGACGUCGAGUACGCGAUUUUGGCGAGAGAUUUGCGUUUGCCUCAGGGCAAUGCCGUUGUACAGAAGAAACCUAUCGUUGAAAACGCCACUGAUGAAUAUAAGAGGGUGCGACCUCAAAAUGAUGAGUAUGUUCCAACUGACUCCUACAAAGCUGGGGACAACAAUGAAGAAGCUUCCAGCGGACACCAGCCCGAAGACGAUGACGAAUACUCAGGAGGAGGAUUGUGCUAGAACUUAUUCUCAAUAUCAACACAAACAGUAAUUUUGCUCUCGCUAUUACACUUAAAAAUUAUCCAAAUUAGAAUAAUAAUAAUAACUUGCUAAAAGCGAAAUUUUACUUAGAUGUAACUUAAAUGUUCCGUACUAUUUUUGUGUAAGUAUAAGUAGGGGUAUAUGUAUAUAUUUUUUCGCCACAAUAAGCCAUAUUAUAGUGGUGUAUUUUGAUAAAAGUAAACAGUGGAACUUCAAUUGCACGGGCACGAAAAUUGGAAAAAAUCACAUCAGUCUCAUUUUUGCAUAUGUAUGAGUAAGCCUAUAAAGACAAUCAAGAAUGAACACAUAAUUGAGGUUCCAUAUUGUAGACAUUAUCAGGAUUAUUUUUAUAUGUUCAGUAUAUUGAAAAAUGCUAUUCAAUUUUAUUUGCUCGUCCAUGCACUCGCUUUUCCUAAUAGGGGAGGAAUCGUGUCACUGGCCAGCAGGAGGACCUUGGAAAAUGAGUGGAGGGGGUCGGCGAAAUCGUCUCAUUAUCUACUGUUGGAGCAAGCAAAGAAUUUAUUAUAAUCCUGGUAUAUACCCAGAUUUUAUAUACUGACCUGUUGGAAACAUACAGAAUGUCCAAAAUAUCAUGUCCCACUUAUUGCUAACUUGGAAUCAGAAAAGAUACAAGUUCAGUUAAAAAGAUAGCAAUAGUGGUAGGUACAUUGUAUUUUAGACACCCUGUAUAUGUAUUUAUAUACCCACCACUGACAUUAAAAUGUUUUAUCAGAGGCAUAAGAAACCUUAAUUAUUGCUUAGCAUACCAAAAAAUUAAUUAAAUGUAGUAUUUAUUGUGAUCGAUAUUGUUGCAUUUUUAGCUGCUAAAUUAUAAAUUGGCAUAAAUCUGUAAAUAAAAUACAGCUAAUAGUUGUACGAUUAAUUUUAAACACACUCGUUAUAUUGUGAAAUAAAAACAACCAAAACAUAGGAAAAUAGUUUUUAUUUUAUAAUUAAAUAUAUUAUAUACAAAUAACAGAUUGGGUUUUUUGACAGAGACGUUACACGGGGGACUGAAAAACCAUUGAAGAGGUUCAUUUUGUUGCACAGAGUAUUUAUCAGCUAAUUUUGACUAGAACCAUUGAAACAGUUUAAAAAGGGCAGUUACAUUAUUAGGUAUACUAAAAAUAUGUGGCUUUUUUUUUUUUAAAUAUAUGUAUAUCCUAACUACGUAUCUAAGUAAAUUGACCCAAAUUGGACAUUUUGUCUAAAGACAAGACUAACAAAACAUUGCUAAUUGUAUUUGAAAAAAAAUUUAAGCUCGAAAUAAUAGGUAUUUUCAAAUAAUUAACCGACCAAUUUGAGCCACAAUAAUAAUAAUUGUAUAUUUAAAAAAUAAAAUAUUUGAAAUAACCUCACAGUCGUAGAGAUAUUUUAGCACAAGUCAUAUAAAUAACAACAAAGAAUAAUUUCACAAGACAUGCUCCAUAAAUGCAAUAAUACUUUGGUGUGACUCCAUUUAGUUGCAACUUAUCGUUUCGAUACAAUAAAUCACACAAACAUCGACACUUGACCAAAAUAAACUAAAGGUGGGUUCAAUGUAAAAACAUUGAACAAUUAAUUGACUACUUAUUUAUUUAGGCUUUCCCAUAGUUCGUCGUCACCCCAUUUGUCUUCCACCACAGGUUUCUUGGCUUCUUUUUUCUUUUCUUUCCGAUUUGUCGCUUUAGCUUCCGUGGGCGACGUAGUUAUACUAUUACUAGCACUAGCGGAAUAUUCCCUUGAAUUAUAAUCAGAUUGGUAUCCUCCGGUGGGCGUGUCAUUCUGAUAGCCCCAACUAGAUGAUUCCCAAUUUGGCGAUUUUGGACUAGAGGCUCUGGAAGGUAAGAAUUAUACCAUUAUUGCUUGCAAUUUAAAACUCUUCAGGGUAAAAAAGACCUUUAAAAGGAAAAAAAUUAAGUAUCACAAUCAUUAAAAACUUCCUAAAUAUUAAUAAGUAUGUACUUGUUUUUGUCUACUUAAAAAUCCUCCCAAAAGGCAUCGAUGAUGCUUUAAUGCUCUCCUAGUAAUGUAAUUUCCAGUAAUAUAACUCUACUAAAAGAAAUUUAAUUUUAAAAACUAAAUAAGUUCAACCUAAAGAGCCAAUAAAUAGGAACAUUGUCAAGAAAACUUCAUAUCCUGAAUUCGGAGUCAUUACUCUGAUUCUAUGAAAGUUUCGCAAGAUCCUGAAUCUCAAUUAAUUACUUUGCAAAGUUCCUUCUGUGACAAUAUUGUUAGGAUUUUCAUAUUCAUAGGACCUUCAGAUUCUUAAUUAUUGUUUUCUUGCAAAAGUUCUGUUUUUCCUUGAGAAGAUUUUACAGAUCUUCAGAUCCCAUGAACUCCCAGAAUAUUGUAAAUUUCUUGUCGCCUUUAUGAAGAAAGUCCAGAAAAUUUCUAUAGGGUCUAAAUUCUAAUCUUUUCGUGCAAAUUUUUAAUUCUUUGAAAAGUCUGCCAAGAUUCUGAAUCUCCACUCAUUACUUUCUAAUCUUCCUGGUUUCUUCUUAGAAUUUUCAGAUCCCCUCAGAUUCGUAGGUCCUUCAAAUCCUUAACUAAUUGUUCUUUUGCAAAUGUUCUGUUUUUCUUCAAGUCAAUGAGAUUCUGGACUUAAGAUCCUGAAAUCUGAGUCAUUAAUAUGCGAAUUUCUUGAUUUUUGUUUGGAAAUAUUUAUUUUCAAGAUCCUGAAUAUCCAGUCGAUACUUUGCAGAUUUCCUAAUGAUUUUUCUUUGAGAAAAGUGUCCAAAUUGUGAGAUUCUGCGAUGAUUGAAAAAGUUUCAGUGAUUUUGGGAAGAAAAACAGCCUCUUACUUUGCAAGUUCCCUUAUUUUUCUCUAGAAACACUUUUAAGAUCCUGCAUCUACAAGUAUCACUUUGCAAACUUUCUGGUUUUUCUGAGAGAAGAUGUUUGAGUUAUUACUUUGCAUAUUUCGUGAUUUUUCUCUGAUGAGACCCUCAAAAUCAUGGGUGUUGAGUUUUUGCUUUGCAAACUUCCUGGUUCUUCUAAGAUAAGAUACUUUUUAGUUAGACUCUUCAGAUAUUUAAGUUCUUUGUUGAAUUGUUGCCUUGCAAAAGUUUUAUUUUCCUUGAAAAGAUUUUACAGAUCUUCAGAAACUGGACCCCCAGACUAUUAAAAAUGACUUGGGGCCUUUAUGAAAAAAGUCCAGAAACCUUAUAUUAUUGAGUCAUUACUUUGCGAAUUUCCUGACUCUUGUUUGAGAUCCUGAAUAACCAGUCAAUACUUUGUAGAUUUCCUAGUUGUUCUAACGAUCUUUUCAGAUCUUCUAAGGCCGGUCCUCCAUUAAUGCGCCAACAAUUUGUUUCUGGCGAAUGGAAGACAAAUGUCGUAAGAAAAUUCUCGAGUUUGUUCACUUCUAACUGUUUUUCAUUGACGUUGCACAUUACUUUUUGUUGGAAUCACUCGUAAAAAUACCUUCAACCUCAAAAUCGAUGUACUUUUUAACCCUCUUCAAGGUUUGUAUGCGAAAAUGGGGCACCUAAAUAUGUCACAAUGUGACGGUCUAAUAGGUCUGUCUCUGCAGAAAUCACAAACCCAUCAGAGCGAAUUUCAUUGGUUGAAAACAGUCCUAAUAUUAUUAUUAUUAAAUGCCUAAUCAGUCUACAAUAUGUGUUACAUCGUUUUGGUUAUUCUAGUUACUCACUUUGAUCCUUGUUGACUUCCAGUACUCCAAUCAUCCCCGAAACCGUUUCCACUGCCAACCAAAGAAGACCUUUCUCCCGGCGAAUGGUAAUUCUCUCCACCGACUUGCCCAUACCCACCAGAUUGGUAACCUGGCGGAGACGCUGUAGUACCUCCCAUUUCCUUCCAACCUUUGCGACCCAACUCUCCC